AUGUCUUUGGUCGACUUUCAGACGCGCGCUAUCACCUCCACACCCGCCGAUCGCGUCAUCCGAAACCGAAUCCAGCGCGAGCGCGCCAAACAGCUCUGGUACCUCCUCGCUUGCGUUGUGGCCCUGUUAACCAUCAUUCGCUUCGCCCGCUAUGUGUGGUCUCGAUGGGACAAGUUUCCGACAGUCGGCCAAAAUCCCACAAAGGAAAAAGGGGAUGAAGAGAAGGACGCCAGACGUCCAGUCUCCUCUUCAACCUUCCAACGGGCGGUGGCAGCGUUCACGACGAGCUUUAGGAUCACUUUCUUUCGAUUAAACGUUCCUAUUGGCCCUGGUUCCAUCGCGUCGGUGUCCGAGCUUACCUUCAUCCUCGUUUACAUCGCCGUCAUGUUUGUCCUACUCUUCGUCGACACGCGGGACUUGUGGCCAAUUUUCUACCAAGACCGUGCCGCUCAUUUAGCAUCUUGCCAACUACCACUCGUUGUUGCUCUUGCUGGGAAAAACAAUAUCGUCUCUUGGCUGACUGGCAUCGGCCAUGAGAAGCUUAACGUCCUGCAUCGCGCCGCUGCAAGGACAAACCUCAUCUUCCUCUGGAUCCAUGCACUCCAACGCACCAUCUCCGUCCUUCCACCGCAAUUCGAUUUCACGCACAAUUGGAUGCGUUCGGGCGCCGUUGGCCUCGCAGCGUUCACCAUCGGGACAAUAAUAUCCAUCCGACCCAUUCGAAAUGCAGCAUUCGAGUUCUUCCUUGUGACCCACAUCGUUCUUAUGUUCAUCUUCCUUGUAGCCGGAUAUUAUCAUGCCAGACAGUUGCACUACGGCACUUACAUCUGGCCGGCCCUCUUGGUGUGGGCAUUUGACAGACUCCUGAGACUCUCGCGCCUCCUCUGGAACAACAGGAUUUUCAGCCGUCACCACCAUGGCGAUGCUCUUGUUGAGCUCCUGUCAGAAGACACUAUCCGCCUCACUCUCCGACGCCGACAUCUUACAUGGAAAGCCGGCCAACACGCCUACGUCAUCUUGCCCUCCGUUAGCUCUAUGCCUUUCGAAGCCCACCCAUUUACGAUCGCCAGCAUUGCAGAAGAUGUCAAUGACAACAAGGAACGCGAUGCCGUAUUCUUGAUCAGGGGAAGGAGUGGGUUCACCGAGCGCCUCAGGCAGCACGCCAAGGAGAAGCAUGGUAGCAGAGUGCCAGCCUUUAUGGAUGGCCCGUAUGGAUGCCCACCCGAUCUACGACACUACACAACCUGCAUUCUCGUCGCAGGUGGCUCAGGCAUUUCGUAUACUCUUCCACUGCUUUUGGACCUGGUUCGGAUUAGUGCAAAGGGUGGAAAGUCCGCUGUUGGAAGAGUUGUCUUUGUGUGGGCAGUGCGCGACCCAGCGCACCUCAAGUGGAUCUCGCAAACAUUGGUGGAGGCAUUAAACCGUUCUGGCUCUUCCAUCGUCAUCGAACCUCGAAUCUAUAUUACUGGUCCGGAAUAUCCCAUACCCCAGGUGCCAGACCUCCAACAAGAUGCGGCGUCUGUGGCAUCGAGCUCGGAGAAAAAACUCGAUAUCGUUGGGGCUGAUCUACCCGUCUAUUCAUCACUGAAACUGGUUCAUGGAAGACCCAGCAUGAAGAAACUGAUUCACGAUGAGAUAGAGUCGUCCGUCGGUCCAAUUUCGGUUGAUGUUGCGGGUCCUUCAAGCUUGGCUGAGUCAAUUCGUCGUGCUGUCAGCUGUGAUUUGGCCGGUCCUGCGUCUGUUUUGAAAGGAUCACAGCCCGUCACACUCCACGUGGAGACAUUUGGAAUGGUCAAGAAGUGA